GCCACGGUUCGGGGUACGUGGGCGCACCCAUCCUUGAGAGUAUCGGCGGCCACAAGGUGUCGGACAUGUCAGAGCUUGUGAGUCGAUUGCAACAGGAGGUGCGGGAGAAGGACUUCGUGGAGAUCGAGUUUACAAUGGCCGUAGGGCCCUACACCAUGGUCCUGAAGUCGGCUGAUGUGGCAGAGGCAGAGGUUCGAAUCCGAGAGCUUUACCAGCUGCCCGCCUUGGCCUCGCGAAAUCUGCACGCUGAGCCCACUCCCGCCAUUCCGCCGCUGGUGGGCGUGGCUGCCGGAUGA